AUGGCAGUUUUGUUAAUCAUUGAAACUGUCAAAACUAUACGACCAGAAAGUAUACUAUACGACCAGAAAAGUAUACUAUACGACCAGAAAGAAAGAAUUCGUGUAAAACAUCAACAUCUAGAUCCAAAUUACUUCAAAUGUGACCAAUGCGGUAAAGUUAUGGGCAAUCGAUGUUCUUUAGAAUUGCAUUGGGAAAUUCACGAAAGUAAUCGGGAAAAAAUACACAAAUGUCCUGUAUGCGGUAAAGCAUUCGCUGCUUGGAAAGUUAUGCGAACGCACACCUUAAUACAUAUCCCCGAAGAAGAGAGAAAAUUUCGCUGUGGUGAGUGCGGAAAAAGUUUUGGUAAUCAAUAUUUACUUAAUAAUCACAUACGAAAUGUUCACUUAAAUAAGUGUGCGAAGGUAUGCGAUAUAUGCGGAAAAUCUAUAAGGAGCAGCGAUGUCUUUGAACGUCAUAUGUUAGAACACACGGGACAACCACCGCCGGAAGUAAGCUGUGACAUCUGCGGCCUUAAAUUAAGCGGGCCACGUGGCUUGAAACGUCAUAAGACGACACAACAUCCUGAAGGUGGUAAACAAGAAUCAGUUUGCCCAAUAUGUUCGAAGGUAUCAUCAAAUCCGUUCGCUCUGAAAAGACAUAUUAAAUUUAACCAUGAAAUGGCUAACAAUCAUAAAUGCACUAUUUGCGAAAAGGCUUUCAAACGGCAGACGACAUUAAUCGUAAGAAAUCAUAAUUAUUGUUAUAAAUUUGUUAAGAUAAAAUUUCCGAAAUUUGCUUUUAUUAGGAACAUAUGACUACACAUACAUGUAUUUGAUGGUGAUCCAUCGACUCAUUAUAUAUAAUGUUCUUACUUGUUGUUCUUUUAACAAAAGUAUAUCUAUAGGCGCUUUUCUUCUUUUACUAAAUUACAUUAAUCAAGAACAUUCCAAAUUAUCUCCUUUUCUUUUCAUCAAACGUCAUUUCGCGCUUUGGAAACAAUAUGUAUAUUUAAUUCAUAUGAUUUCCUUGCUGAAAUAAAGAGAAACGAAUUUUCUUAUCUUCUUCUAGUAACCGAACAUUGUCCUUGGAGCAAAUAAGAAAGCUUGGGCGCCUCCAAACGUUUGGUUUUUAAAACACGCGACGGAAUGUCGACAAAUUUGAUCGCGUUAUUGAAAACGACUCGUGCAAGGGAUUUUCAAAGUUAAAAUUAUAUUUGAAAGGAAGAGAUUCUUUUUUUUUUCUAUACUUUCAUAAGUAAUGUCGGUUGUCACACUGCUAAUAAACUAAUAGUUUGCAAAUAUUUUAAAUUAUGU